AUGGAAAUGUCAAAAGAGCGCGCUGGUAGCAGCGAUAAUGCUGAUCGGACGGAUGGCGAGAUUCUCGAGCUGAGCGGUGGCUAUACGCUGGAGGAAGAGAAGGCGGUCCUGCGAAAGAUUGACAUGGUCAUCCUUCCUUUUAUGUGUUUCGUCUUUUUCCUACAAUACCUCGACAAGCAGAGCCUCAGCUAUGCCGGCGUGUUCGGCCUCAUCGACGAUCUCAACAUGACGAGCUCGCAGUACUCCUGGUCUAGCUCGAUCUUCUACGUUGGUCAACUGGUUUCUGAGUAUCCGUUCAUCUACUUGAUGAGUCGACUUCCAUUGACCAAAUUUGUCGGUGCCACUGUAAUUGUCUGGGGCAUCAUCUGUAUGUGUCUCGCGGCUCCGACCAAUUUUGCAGGAUUCGCCGCCGUUCGAUUCCUCCUUGGUUUCAGCGAAGGUGCCGUAUCGCCUGCCUUCGUCACAAUCACAAGUAUUUGGUAUCGGAAAAAAGAACACAACGUCCGGACAGCAUUAUGGAUUUCAAUGAAUGGCCUAGCCCAAGUAAUUGGCUGCUUCCUCAUGUACGGCAUUGGCAAGAACACCUCACUUUCUAUCGCGCCCUGGCGUGUUCUAUUCAUCAUAUGCGGCGGGAUUACCGUUCUUGCGGGUAUUGGAUUCUUCAUACUUAUGCCCAACGGACCCAAAGACGCAUGGUUCCUUAACGAUCGCGAGAGAGAGGUUCUUUCUCUGCGUAUGGCAGAAGAUCGGGAGGGUGGUGACAAAACCUCCUUCUCCAUGCUGCAACUCAAAGAGACGCUCAUGGACCCCAAGGCGUGGGUCGUCUUUUGGUUUGGAGUUUUGGUCUGUAUGCAAUCGCCUGUCUUGACUUUUGCAUCACUGGUGAUCAAGUCUAUCGGUUAUAGCAAGCUUGAGACCAUGCUGUACACGGCCCCGUCGGGAGCUGUGCAGAUUGCUUUGUUGUGGAUCGGCGCAGGCCUCGUAUACAUUUUCCCGCAUCAGCGGUCACUUGUAGUCCUCGUUCUGAUUAUUCCGCCUCUGAUUGGAACCAUUUUCCUCAUGAAGUUGGAUGUUGCCGCGCAAUGGGGUCUGAUUGUCGCUUCGUGGCUGGCAUCUUGCAUUACCGCGUCGAUGACGAUUCUUCUUUCACUGGCAGCUUCAAAUUUCAAAGGAAACACAAAACGCGCCAUUGUCAACGGCAUGUUUUUCAUCGGUUAUUGCGCAGGCUGUAUUGCCUCGCCACAGCUGUGGACGCACAGCCCCCGUUAUACUUCUGGUGUCAUUACAUCAAUUGUGACAUGGUGUCUUCUAUUUUGCGUAGUCAUUAUUUUCCGCUUCCUAUGCGUUUGGGAUAAUCAAAAGCGUGACCAGCAAGCGGCGAACUCGCGCUCGCUGAGUGUUGACCAGCAUGUUGCAUUAGAUGAGAAUGGUCUUCCUCGGACUGAUCUCACGGAUAAGCAGGAUCGAGAGUUCCGCUAUGUGUGGUAA